AUGCACUGCUGCCGAUGCCCUGCCAUCGCCCCCGAUGACUCCCUUGGAGCCUGCGCCCCGGCGGCCACGCUGCGGGCGGCCAACAGCGUGCUGAGCGCCGCCUUUCUGCAGUCCCUGGGCCCCGCCGGCGCGGCGGGGCUGCUGCAGAAGCUGGGCCUCGACUUCGUGGUCUCGGCCUUCCACGAGGUGGGGCCCCGGCAGUGCGGGGAUCUCUUCCUGGAGCUGCAAGUGCCCUUCUGCGCGGAGCUCUUCGUGGCGCUGGGGGACCGCUGGCUGGCGAGCCUCUUCGCCAAGCUGCAGCCGGACUUCCUUUUGACCUUCUUCGUCCACGUGGGCGGUGGCUUUGUGAGUCAGCUCUUCCUUCGCCUGCGCACGGACUUCUGCGCGCGGCUCUUCGGGCACCUGGGCCCGGCCUUCUCGGCGCAGCUCUUUAAGGCGUUGGGCACGGCCUAUGUCAGGGACCUCUUUAAGUCCUUGACCUACCACUACUGCGCCCGGCUCUUCUCGCAGCUGGGGUCCGCCUGGACGGCGGAGGCUCAUCGCAAGAUGGGGCCCAACUUCUGUCUGGGGCUCUACGGGUCGCUGGGCUCCACCUUCACGGCGCGGCUCUUUGGGACGGCGGGGCUGGGCUUCACCUCGGAGACCCACGAGGCCUUCGGUCCCUCCUUCACGGCGCAGCUCUACUCAGGCCUGGGCGCGGACUUCGUGGCGGAGCUCUUCGAUUACCUGGGCCCCAAGUUCUCCGGGGGCCUGCUGAGCAACCUGGGCCAGGACUUCGAUGCAGUGCUCUUCCGGCGCCUCGGGGAGGACUUCAUGGCGCAAGUCUUCGUGCAGCUCGGCAAGGCCUACGUGUCCAAGUUCUUCAAGGUCAUGGGGAAGGAGGUGGGGGGCCUCUUCCGGGCGCUGGGUGCCAAGUGGUUCAGCCGCGUCCAGCACCACAUGGGCAAGGACCUGUGCAAAGAGAUCUACGAGGACCUGGGCGCGGAGUUCCUGGCUCAGCUCUUCGAGGUCUUCGGGGAGACGUUCGCGGGGGAGGUGCUGCUGAUGCUGCAGGCCCACUUCUGCGUGGAGAUCUUCGCCCACGUGGGGCCUGCCUAUGCCUCGCGGCUCUUCGGCACGCUGGGCCCAGCCUGGGCAGCGAAUCUGUUUCUGGAACUGGGCCAGGACUUUGUGGCUGCGUUGCUGGCGGGCCUGGGCGCGAGCUACGCUGCCGCCCUCUUCAGAUCGCUGGGCAGGCGCCACGUGUCACAGCUGUUGCGCAGCGUGGGCCCGCAGUGGUCUGGGCUCCUUUUCGCGAAGCUCGGCGGGGAGUUCGUUGGAGACCUCUUCCGACAUCUCGGCAGUGCUUUCGCAGUAUGCCUUAUGGCCCAUCUGGGCACCAAGUUUGCAUUUCGCCUCUCCAGAGAGAUGGGACUGACAAAUUUGCUGGGCGUGUCCGUGACCUUUUGCAAGGGUCACGAGCCCUGUCUCACCGUGCUGCUGAACUGCGGCUGGACGGAGUCCAUGGAUCCGAAGCUCCUGACUCCCUUGAUCCCCCACCUGCACGAGCUCGACCUGAUUGUGCUGACCCAUGCGGACGUGAAGCACCUGGGCGCGCUGCCCUACGUGCUCACCAAGUACCCGGUCUCCUGCCCGGUGCUCUGCACCGAGCCGGUGCAGCGGCUCGGGGAGCUCAGCGCCGUCAGCGGCCUCGAGGACCGGGAGAAAUACCGGGACCCUGCGGAGGCAUACGAAGUGGAUGAUGUGUUGCGGACCUUUAUGUCCAGGCUGACGACCCUGAAAUACCGCGAGACCUUCCGGAUCCAGGCGAACGGCCGCGUGCUGGCGGCCUGCCCCUACCCCUCGGGGGCGCAUCUGGGCAGCGCCUUCUGGACGCUGCACUGCGGGUCUCUGUCGGUGGUGUACCUGGUGGACGGCGCCAUGCGCCGGGGCCGGUACCUGGAUGGCCUGGAAGUGCAGCGCUUGCUGCCCGCCUGCCGAGGCGCCGCGGGGCGCUGGGACGUGGUGGUCACUGCGCCGCCCUCCACGGCAGAUUUGCCACAGGGGGGCCACCAACGGCCCGUGGAGCUGCAUGCGGCCUCCAAGGCCAUGUCCGUGGCGCGGUCCGUGAGGGAGCAGUGCUUUCUCGAGGAGGCCAUCGGCACGCUGCGGAAGGGCGGCACCGUGCUGGUCCCCGCGGACGUCGCCGGGUGGAUUCCGGAGGCGCUGCUUCUCUUCGAGGCCGCCUGGAACCAGGACCGGCAGCUGGCGAGCUACCCGGUGGUCUGGCUGUCCUCCGUGGGAGACAUGGUGUUGGAUCAGGUUGGUGCAGAGGCUGAGAAGUUCUUGGAGCUCAGCGCAGGCCACAAGGAGGAUGCCCUCAGAGGCUCUCCUGUCUACGCAUUCCAGGAGUGA